AAGAUUGAACAGUUGCAAUUCUCUUCGUUAUUUUCCAAUGGUUAAAAUGUGCUGACGCAUCGACGAGUUUUCUCAGGACGACAAUUAUUCAACAUAGAGUCAAGUAGUGAAAAGAUUGCUUCACAAGACUCGUUGCACGACCUAGCACUAGCAGCUCAAUAAUCUACUUUUCCUUUUUCAUUGCAGAACCUCGCUAAAAACCAAGAUCAUGGUGAAGAAGAACGCGAAGUCCCGGGCUCGCAAGAUCGACGUGAGCGACGCCGUGAAGAAUCUGGAGCGGAAAAACGAGCAGAGAGCCGCUCAGGAGAAGCUCGCGACCGGAAAACUCUUCGUUCUCGACACGGUCGGAAGUACGAAGAAUUUGCCGAGAAAAAUCCGGAGAAAAACCGACUUGGAGAAGAAGCAAAAGAAUUUAAGUAAAUUGUCCAACUACGAACUCGCAAAAAUUGAAAAGACGAGGAAACGCGAGGAGAACCGGCUGAAACACGAGAAGAAAGCUUCUGUGCAGAAGAGCAACGACAAAACUGCAAAUAUUCCAGCGCACAAGGGCAAGCAACUAGAACUCCACCACAAGAAGGCGGGCGAGAAGCACGCUUUCGACCUGUGGGCGACGACUUUGGAACAGGAUGCGGACAAGAAGAAAACGGACUCGGAGCUGCUGAUCAAGGACAAAAAUCUCAAACCACUCCUCACCAACAACAACCUGAAAUUCCGGAAGGUGAACAGCGAAGCGGUGCUGCGCCCGAAAUCGAAGCCGCAAACCCUCGGGCAGAAAACUUCCCUAGCUCCCGCAACCGUGCUCCCCGACCACGGGUUGUCGAUGAACCCGGGUGAAGAGAUUUUCGAAACGAAACUGGACGAGAUCGUCGCGGAAGAGCAUUUGAAGAACGAAGAGGAGCAGAUGAAGGACCUUCGGGCAAAAAAACCGAUGACCAUGCGGUUGCUGGACGCGUAUACGAAGGAGGAAUUGCUGCAGAUGAGCGAUUUGGAGAAGUUGAAGGAGUACAAGAGGUUGAUGAAGGAAGACCACAAAUUGGACAUGGAUACGGUUCUUGAGGAGGAAAACGAGGACGAGGAAGCUGCUGCAACCGGGGCAAAUAAGGGGACGAAAAAGACUCCAUCAAACAGCGACAAGAAGAAGCUGCAGCGGGACGAGCGCAAGACGAAGACGCAGCGGAACAAGGAGGAACGGGUAAAAAAUAUGGAUCUGGAGUUGACCGCCAAGAAGCGGCAGAAACUGCUGGAAAAAUCGAUCGGGCAAAUUCCGAACAUGAUGCGCGAAAUGGUGAAGGACGACAAGGCGAAGGAGGAGCAGAAGGCUUUCAUCGAGGACGCGAAACAAGAAAACGUGAAACUCGAGGAAAAAGGUAGUGAUUUUUUACGUUUACUAAUGUUCCCUUUUCGUUUGAAUCGCAGGUCUUUCUGGCCCUUGUUCGUAAAAAAAAACUGAGGUGUAGUUCUUGUGAGCAAUCACUGGCAGAAGUAGAGCAGCCUGUCAUGAUCAUCUAUACUGAAACUUUUCCAGCAUAAUCAUAAAACCAAAACAGGCAUCGUCUUGAAGCCGAAGAAGAUCGGUCGCAACCGCUUCGUGGAGCAGUCUGUCGUGCCGGAGAAGUCCGUCAGCAGUCUCCGGUCCACGCAGGUCACGUCCGCCGUCUCCGAAAGGAUGCAGUCCUUCCACAGGAGAAACAUGGGCGAGUUGCCGCCGGAGUCCAACCGCGCGGCUUUGUUACGGGUGCGGAAAAAGGCAAACCGGAAGCAGAAGGCGAACAAGUUCGUGCAGAGGAGUUUGAUGCUGGGGUGAAAGAGCGUUGUUUUCGCUUAUAGCGGGCGGGGUGGCUUUCUUUCAUUCGUCAGAACCUCAAGUCAAUGGUAUUUUGCAACAUGUGCUGUGCUAGGAAGCAAACAAGGAUAUCCAAAUUGUCAUCUUCGGAUCCAC